GAGAUUGGAGAAAUUGGAAGAGAUGGGGGACAAGGGCUUGCUACCCGGGGUGGACGUAGCGAAUCUUCCUGAAGAAGAUAAGAACAGAUUGGCCAAUGUGAUCGACAUGCUUCAGAUUCGUGACAGUUUGAAGAUGUAUAAUUCAUUGGUGGAGAGUUGUUUCAAUGACUGUGUGGAUAGCUUUACGCGCAAGUCCCUGACCAAGCAAGAGGAAAAGUGUGUUCGGAGGUGUGCUGAGAAGUUCCUGAAGCAUUCGAUGCGUGUUGGCAUGAGAUUUGGUGAGCUGAACCAGGGAGCAGCCACCCAGGAUUAGGUGUUCUAUCCAAAGAUCAUUUUUGGUAUGACGAUCUUGUGAAAUUUUCUACUUGCUUAACCUAGGAUCUAGAAUGGUUCCUUUAGUUACUAUAGAGGAUGGACUUAUGUUACAAUUUGUAUGAAAGUAGAAAAAUUGGUUUAACUGAAUGUUUUGGCUGGGCUCAAACACGGGAUGUUGAUGAGCUUCUUAUAUGGAUGGUUCUGUUUCCUAUUUUGUUGGGAAUGGCAUGAAUAAAGCAUCUUCAUUUCCAAUUCUUGC